CCGAUAUUCUUAUAUGGAGAGAAUACGGGCCAGAAACUACAGAUUUUCUAUGGAGUAAACGCCAAUUAGUCUGUUUCAUUUUUAUCCGUAUAAUUCUCACGGCACAUGGCAGGCGACGGCACUGGCCAUCUUACGCUGCUUGACUUGCUGUCAAAUUCAUUGAUUCUAUCUCAUAUUGCGCCGUACCUGGGUUUGACAUCACUCUAUGCAUUAGGAUCGACAUCCCAUGCAUUUAAGUCAUUGGUAUUUGAGUCACAUAAUGCUUUCAGAUAUCUGGAUCUCUCGACGGUCAAAUAUGCCUCUGGCCUCACCUCAGCGGAAGACCUUACCGAAUCAGAUCUACAACAGCAUUUUGGAAGGUCUUUCGUGACAGAAGAUGACUUCUACUCGGACCCUUUGCGGCAAAUAUUUACUCGACUAACGAAGAAGAAUAUUCUAAGAGACGUGCAGACCCUCAUUCUAGACGGUCUUUCGGUGCCCGCAGAUUUAAUUCGCGAAAUCAUUUGCGAUGAACCCUUCAAUGUCCGCAUCCUGUCCGUUCGAGAGGCUGAAAAUCUAAACGAGCGAAAGUUGAUGCAAGUCCUAAAAUAUGCCAUGCGGCCGUCCAGGCCUGAGGGCACGCCGAAGCUUCGAGCAUUAUACAUCUUUGGCCCUAAAGACCAGCCGCCCAUGUCCGAUAAGGACGAUGACGCUUUCACUGACAGCUCUGCAAACCGUCAAGAAGCUGUGUCAAGAAAUUUGCGUUCUUCGGCUUCUCCUGGUAUCCAUAUUGCCUCAAGUUGGAAUCACCGAUCCCAGCAUGCGCUUUCAUCUGCGCUUUCUCGCAGCGGUAAUGACUGGUGGCAGGGCAGCGGAAGGGUGAUUGCACGACCACUACCAGAUUGGGCCGAGAUCGUCCAGCUCUGUGAAGGCGUUAUUGCGUUUGAUGCAAUACUAUGCCGCGGACCAAGGCAUAAUCCUCGCUCGAUUUUGAGACCUGAGGAUCAGGUUGAUUCUCGGUCAACGCUGCCCUUUUUACGACCGGCAAUCGCAACAAUCGCCUUGGGGCCAGAAGGUUGUAACAAUUGUCACUCUUCUCCGGAAGGCGCUGCCAUCUACGGGAAAAGCAAACCGAAGGAACUCCCUCUACUGGCACCUCCGCCUUUCCACUCCUCGUCGGUGCGCGCAGCCCAAAUGCCUCCCCCGCAUCUUGCCGCGGGAGACGUACAUCUCUUUGCUCGUUGCGAAGAGUGUCUUCGAGAACGCUGGUGCGAAAGCUGCAACAAAUGGUGGUGCGAGUCAUGUUACGACGGACAACCAACAGUCACCCUUACAAUACUUCAGCAGAGAGAACUGUAUGAAGAGCUCCUUGCAGCUGGAGCGUCACAUUCUCAUAGUUCCGAGGAGAGUAUAAAGGGUGUGAAACGCGACUGCUGGGAAUGUGGACGAACAUGUGCAACUUGUAUAGCACGCACGCAGCGCAAAUGCAAAAGCUGCACCGGUGGUUACUGCAUACUCCACAAUGAGGGUUCAUCCGCGACGUCAUGCGACUGGUGCAGUACAACAAGACCGCAAACGCGCGAUCUGUAUUAAUUGCAUUCACGGUAGUUUGACAGCCUGUUUGGGAUUAUGCAUGGACUGGCACUUUAUACCGUUGAAAUUAUUAGACCAAGCUUUCUCAACUCUUUUCUAUUCGAGCAG